CUCCUGCAGCCCACGUCCCAGUUCUGGCUCUUCAAUGUCCUCUUUCCACCCACCACCACCCCAGAAGCUCCUCCGACCAACAGCACGCCGCCCGUGGUACUCGUGCCCGGGUGUCUCGGGAACCAGCUGGAGGCGAAGCUGGAUAAGCCGGACGUGGUGAACUGGAUGUGCUACCGCAAAACAGAGGAUUAUUUCACCAUCUGGCUCAACCUCAACACCUUCCUGCCAGUGGGAGUUGACUGCUGGAUCGAUAACACCAGGGUGGUGUACAACCGAACCUCUCGGAAAAUGUCCAAUGCUCCAGGUGUGCACAUCCGUGUGCCCGGCUUCGGCAAGACCUAUUCCGUGGAAUACCUGGACCAGAGCAAGCUGGCAGGUUACCUCCACACCCUGGUGCAGAACCUGGUGAACAAUGGUUAUGUGAGGGACCAGACGGUUCGGGCAGCUCCCUACGACUGGCGGGUCGGGCCCCAGGAACAGCCCGAAUACUUCCAGAACCUGAAGGCCCUGAUCGAGGAGAUGCACAAUGAGUACCAGCGACGCGUCUUCCUCAUCGGACACAGCAUGGGCAACCUGAACGUCCUCUACUUCUUGCUACAGCAGACACAAGCCUGGAAAGAUCAGUACAUUGGUGGUUUCAUCUCCCUGGGUGCCCCCUGGGGAGGGUCUGUCAAGCCCCUGCGUGUCCUGGCAUCCGGUGACAAUCAGGGCAUCCCACUCAUGUCCAACAUCAAGCUGCGUGAAGAGCAGCGCAUGACCACCACCAGCCCCUGGAUGUUCCCAACAAGCCUGGCCUGGCCCGACAGCCACAUUUUCAUCUCCACACCCUCUUACAAUUACACCUACCGAGACUACCAACGCUUUUUCACCGAUGUCAACUUGGAGGAUGGCUGGUACAUGUGGGAGGACAUGAAGGACUUGCUGAAGGACUUGCCUCCUCCUGGAGUGGACACGUAUUGCCUCUAUGGCACAGGCUACCCCACCGUGGAGACUUAUAUAUAUGACGAGCAUUUCCCUUACGAGGACCCUGUGGACAUGAUUUAUGGUGAUGGGGACGACACCGUCAACACACGCAGUUCGGAGUUGUGCAAGCGAUGGCGUGACCAGCAAAAGCAGAAGGUCCAUGUCCAGGAGCUGCGAGGAGUUGACCACCUCAACAUGGUCUUCAGCAACCUGACGCUGAGUUCCAUCAAUGAAAUCCUGCUGGGGAGCCCAGAGGAGCCGGGGGAGCUGGCGCAGGUGAGGUCCAGCCCAGAGGCAGAGAAGGGGAGGAAGAUCCGACCUGGACAGAAGGUCCUUAAGGAACCCAAAAAGAACUGA